AUGGUUCCCCCUAUGCUGUUGAUACCACAUCAAUUGGUGGGUGCCCCUGAAGGUUUCAAUGUUACAAUCGAAUGCUUUACCGAGGCUCAUCCUACCUCCUUAAAUUAUUGGACCAGAGGCGAAGGACCAAUUAUACACGAUUCCAGUAAAUACAAAGUGGAAUCUAGCAUUGGAGUGCCUGUUUAUAAAACCCAUAUGAAAUUGACAAUUUUAAAUGUGGGCAGUGGUGAUGAUGGCAUCUACAAAUGUGUGGCCAAAAAUCCUCGCGGUGAAACGGAUGGCAUUAUAAGACUUUAUG